UUAUGUCACAAGGGGUGUAUUUUUCCGCGCGGGCUCUUCCUUAUCUUCACUCCGGAGCUCGCUGUCUCUACGAUAGCCCCCAAAAUACUGGAACAUUGUGAGGCUUGAGAACAGACCGCACACUAUUUCACACCAACAAGAAACAUCUUAGAAGAACUUUUAGAGGGCUGCCUGGAAGAGGAUGCGGGACAACAAUUUGGCGGACAGCAGUACCUUCCUCUCCAUCAUUUAAAACUGCAUCAGGUAUGUGCAUAUUUAAAUGUUUUAUAAGGGAUAUGGCAUUGCCAGCAUGUGCUAAAAUGACUAGGUACUUUUGGAUAAGCAGGAGUGAAUAGUUUGUAGUACAUUUUAAUUAUAUUAGCUGUUAUAUCUGCUGGCAGAAGUGAUCAAUUUAGUAAUCAAUAAGGUGAUAUGCAGGUGACGAUGACCACGAUGAUGACGGGUAUUCCAAUGCAGACCAUGACUCCUGUAGCGUUGCCGCGCCCACUCUACAACGCCAGACACGGGGUUUCCUCCGAUCAAGUGUACAUUCAAGCCCCCUUCUCAUCCCAAAUACCUCGAGCAGGAUGUAUCGACUUGCUAAAGCCACAAACAGGCAGAAUAAAUUUAGAUGAAGUCAAUUUAGAUUUAUUUAGGGCAUUUACAUUAGAAAAUGAGACCCCACAUUUGUAGAUCGUCAUAUAUGAAUAUAUGUUGAUGUUAUAGUUCAUUUGUUCAAAAUCUCUAAUAGAUACAUAAUAUCCUUUUUAUAUUAAUAUUUCCCUUUAUUGCAGCAUGUUUCGUGUUUUGCUUUACGUUGGUGACCUGGAUUGACUCCAACAGAGGUCACCAAGAAAGUCUGUGACGGACCUUUUGGAUCCAUUCCAUGCCAUGACGGAGAGGGUAUUUCUCUCACGCUCUUUGGUGACGAAAGAAGGAACCCUGGACCUACUUGAGCGGCUGCAUCCUCCCACAAGCAGAACACAACAGGCAAAGGUCACUGAGUUUCCAAGUUUUUUUUUCGAAUAAUUUUUAUUUUCAGGAUAUUCAUGUCACCUGUAAUAUGUCUUGCAGGGUUGACAGUCACGCUAACAUUUACGAGAGUUGGAGUAAUUUUUUUAAACCAAACAUCACUAUUUCUUUUUGAGUUGUCCAUGUUCCUGUGCAAAUAUGACAGGAUGGGAAGAAGAGAGGUGGGAGGGGGAAAGAGUACACCUGUCACUCCACACCUGUAGCAGUAACUCAUUAGGGACAGGUAGUAUAUAUUAGGAGGUUAAGUGUGAAGGCUAAUUAUAGCGUUCCGAGGCCUUAGACGGAUAGGCAGAAGCGAAGCGACCGUUCUCAAGUCAAGAUGUGGCAUCGCUGGUUACUCCUGCUUGCAGUUAUCUUUCCUUCAGCUCUAAGCUUCCCUCAAGAGCGAGGUGACAGGAAUGGGGGAGCUGCUGACAUCCUAAUCUUACGCGGUGACGAUGACCACGAUGAUGACGGGUAUUCCUGUGCAGACGAUGACUCCUGUAGCGACUCCUGUGACAGUGAUAGCGGCUCCUGCAACAACAGUAUAUACGAUGACGACGACGAUGGUAACUCCUCCUCUUGUGGUAGUGAUGGUUCCUGCGACCAUUCCUCCUUCGAUGACGAUUCUGAUAAACGUGAUGAUAGGGAUGACAGCAGUGACUCUUCAUCCUCUGGUAGUGAUGACAGCAACUCCUCGUCUUGUGAGAGUGAUGACUCCUGUGAUUACUCUUAUGGUUACUCUUUCGAUGACGAUGUUGAUAAGCGUGAUGAUAGUGAUGACAGCAGUGACUCUUCCUCCUCUGGUAGUGAUGACAGCAGUGACUCUUCCUCCUCUGGUAGUGAUGACAGCAAUUCUUCGUCUUGUGAGAGCGAUGAUUCCUGUGAUUACUCUUAUGGUUACUCUUUCGAUGACGAUGCUGAUCAGCGUGAUGAUAGUGAUGACGAUGACGAUGUUGAUAAGCGUGAUGGUAGUGAUGACAGCAGUGACUCUUCAUCCUCUGGUAUUGAUGAUAGCAACUCCUCGUCUUGUGAGAACGAUGACUCCUGUAAUUCCUCUUAUGAUUACCCUCCCGAAGAUGACGAUGUUGAUAAGCGUGACGAAAAUGGUGACAGUAGUGACUCUUCCUCCUCUGGUAGUGAUGAUAUCAAUGAUUCAUCUUCCUUUGGUGACGAUGGGAACAACUCUACUUCUUGUGAGGACGAUGACUCUUGUAAUCACACCUUUGAUGAUGAUGACCGCAGUGGUUCAUCAUGCGAGGAGGACGGCUCGUGUUAUGGAUACCCUGCUGAAAAUGAUGAUGAUGAUGAUUCCUGUGUUGAUAGCUCCUGUGAAAAUGACAGUGACGAUGACGAUUAUGGUGACGAUGAAACGCGACGUCAUCUGGAGGCAAGGGAAAGGGCGCUCAGAGGGGAUGAGGAACCCAUAUUCAAGGACAACACGGAUUUUGUGGUGUGGCUGGUGACGACACCGGCAGACGACGAGGCGAGGAAGAAGAACGGGGCUCGAACCUUCGGAAUAGAAUCCAACCCAGUAAAGUGUGAUGCGGAAUAAAGACUUUGGUCGGUAUUCUGAGACGAUUCUGCCCCUCACAUCAACUAUUUCCAAAGGCCGAAAAGGAAAUUAAUCGGGCACUAAUGAGCUGGUCAGUAUUCUGAGACGCUGCUGCCUCUCACGUCAACUAUUUCCUAAGGCCGGAAAGGAGAUUAAUCGGGUUCUAAUAAGCUUUUUUUUAGGUUCAUGCUACAUUAGAAUUGUCAAACUACCACCAGGGUCAUGAAACUACCCAUGGAAAGGCCCAAAACUUCAAUGAAAGCCUUGUCAAAUGUGUGUGUUUGGGCGCUGAAAUGUUUCAGAAUAUGGCCCUUUGUGUUGUGGUCUUGUUUGUUUAAAUUUCAGAGAUACAAACCUUUGGAUAACGGUUCAGAAUGUAUUAGAAACUAAGGUAUAGAGCAUCCAUGUUUGAAUCCGGGAGAUGUAAGUUGAAUAAAUGAUCUGUAUUGAAAAUCAUGCAGCAUAUGAAAAUGGAUUUUUUUUUUCUUCCACUAAGUUUGUUUCUUUAUAAUUUUAAUUAUGUAUUGAU